AUGGUGACCUUUGCUCUCGCCACUCGGCUUUUUGAAGACGAGUGCUUCCUCCCCGCCCCUCCUUCCCGCUCGUCGCCUCCUCCUCCUCCUUGCACCCCGGGCCGCUCCUCUUCCCACCGCUCUUCCCGCCACUCUAACACCUCCCACCCCGUCCUGCCUCUAUGUCCCUCGCCGGGGGAUGACAGGAGUGUGGGUGACGUGGAAGGGGGGAAAAAGAGGAAAGAAAGGGAGGACGAUGGGGGGAAAGGGGCGCAGGAGGGCGCGGCUGUGUUGAUGGCAACUGUGGGCCGUGGGCGGGAGCAGGGGAGUGAGGAUGAGCGUUUUGAGACGUCUUUAAACCAGGAGGGCGCGGCGGUGUUGAUGGCAGUAGGGGGCUGUGGGCGGGAGCAGGGGGAUGAGGCUGAGGGUCAGGCUUGUCAUGUGGUGCGGGGAGCAGAGGUGGCUUUUGAGUCGACUCAAAAGGCGGCGGUGUUGAUGGCGGCAGGGCGCUGUGGGGACGAGCAUGACGAUGAUGAUGAGGGCAAGGCUUGUCAAGUGGUGCGGGGAGCGAUUGCUGGGUUCAAGAAUUCACGGUAA